CAUAAUAUAAUUAUAUAAAUGAUAUAAAAUAUUCAUAAAUGUUAAUUGUCAAUUUAAAUAUUAUUCAUAUUUCUCAUUGUAUAUAACUAUCUGGUAACAUCAAUUAACCCUAAAAGUAUGAUAUUAAGUUCAUGUUUAUUCCCUCAUUUAAGCAACAUCCGGUAUCAAAUAAUUGUAUCAUAAAAACUAUUAUGUAAUUAAAUCUAUUAAAAUUUAUUACAAAAUAUUGUUUUUUAAAAAUAUUCAAUUAAUCAAUAAGAUUAAUUAUAAAAAUAUAUAUUAAAAUGACGAAUUUCUUCAUUUGUGCUGUAUAUAUGCAUGUAUGUAUAUCUCGCAGAAACUGGUAUUAACCGGUUUAAACUGUCCUGGAAAUCUGCCUUUAUGUUUCAUCCAACAAAAUUGUACACUAUAGAAAAAUUUAUAAUUAUUUUGUGCUUGCGCGGCAAAAGUUUUUAUAUUGAGAUUUAUAUCUAUAUAUAGAUGAAAAAAAAAGAUAGAAAAACAUAAAAUAUGAUCAAAAAUGAUCUCGCAUUGACAUUUUCAUUAAGUGUGAUUAAAGAUUUGAUUUACAUGCACCUCCGGUCAAAAUAAAUGGAAGAAAUACGAUUACAAAUGCAAACGGAAAUUUGUACGUAGUAAAACGGAAUCAACAUUUUAAAUUCAAUAAUGGCGUCUUAUACCGUUACUGCAUUAUUAUUUGUGAGGUUAAGCGUCAAAUUAAUAAAUUAAUAAAAAUUAUAAUACAAGAAAUUUUAUAAGAAAAUAUAAUAAUAAUAUUUUCGUUAAAAAUGGAAAAAUAUUCUCAUAGAAAAGAUUGUGAAAAAUUAAAGAAAGAAGAUAAAAAUCAAUCUAAAUAUAAAGAUAAGAUUUCUCAUAGUGCUAAUGAAAGUGAUUAUGAUCGUCAUUUUAAAAAAUCAAAAUCGAGACAUAAAUCUAAAAAUUCAAAAUAUAAAAAAUCUAAACAUAGAAAUUCCUCUGAAUCAUGCGAAUUUCAUAAAAAAUCAUCGAAAAAUAAAAAAAAAAGAUCAUCAUCAUCGUCAUCUUCAUCCAGUUCAAGUGAGUUCAGUAGUUCAUCAUCAUCUAAUUCUUCAUCAGAUUCUACAAAGCUUUUAGAAAAGCUUCAAAAGCAACGUCAAAAACAAAUUGAGGAUAGAAAACGUCAAAAAGAAUUAAUGAAAGCUACAGAAACACCAGAAGAAAAAAGAUUACGUCGUUUAAAAAAGAAAGAAGCUAAGGAACGAAAAAGAAAAGAAAGAAUGGGAUGGGAUAAUGAUUAUUUACAUUAUACAAAUACAGAUAACCCAUUUGGUGAUGGAAAUUUACUUUCUACUUUUGUUUGGUCUAAAAAACUUGAAAAAGAAGGUUUACUUGGUGUAAGUAGAGAAGAAUUAGAAAUUAGAAAUAGACAUAAACAAGAAGAAAAUAAAAGAGAAUUAGAAAAAGUUAAGAAAAGAAGGCAAGAAAGAGAACUAGAGAGACAACAAAGAGAAGAAGAAAUGACAAUGCUACAAAGAGGAAAAGAAGCUGCUCAGUUGGAACAAUGGGCCAGACAAGAAGAUCAAUUUCAUUUAGAACAAGCAAGAUUAAGAUCACGUAUUAGAAUACAAGAUGGUCGUGCAAAACCAAUUGAUCUUCUUGCUAAAUACAUCAGUGCAGAAGAAGAGGUUGAUGCUGUAGAAAUGCAUGAACCCUAUACUUAUUUACGUGGAUUACAUGUGAAAGAUUUAGAGGAUCUCAUUGAGGAUAUUAAAGUUUAUAAAGAAUUAGAACGUGGUAAAAAUUUAGAUUAUUGGAAUGAUAUUACAGUAAUUGUUGAAGAUGAGUUGCAUAAAUUGAGAAAAUUAGAAAGAUCAGAAUAUGAAGUUGCUGUUGGUAGAAGAGAAGGAAUACAUGAAUCAGUUGCUAAAGAUGUAACUGCUAUUUUUAAAGGAAAAACAGCAAUACAAUUAGAAGCUUUGCAGUUACAAAUUGAAGUAAAAAUUACAGGAAAACCUGAAGGUGUUGAUAUAGGAUAUUGGGAAAGUCUACUAUCUCAACUUAAAGCGCAUAUGGCGAGAGCACGAUUAAGAGAUCGACAUCAAGAAAAUUUACGUAAAAAAUUAGAAGUUUUAAUUGCUGAACAAGGUGUAGCUAGAACGGAAAAUGAAACUGAGAAUUUACAGGCAAUUAGUGAGCAAUCAGAAAAACAAGAAGAACCAGCUACCACUACAACUGUAGAAAAAAGUGAAGAAAGUCAAUCAGAUGAUGAUCAAGAGGCUAAUAAUGCAGCAGAAGAUCUUUUAUCAGAAUCAUUUUGUGAAUAUGAAUCAGGAGGCUAUUCUCCAAAAUAUAUACCAUAUUCUCAACUUGAGCCAGGAACAUUAGUUACUUUGGAAGAGGAUGAUAAUCAACGAUUGGAAUAUGCAAGAAAUCAAGUGCUCAGUACAGGUCGAAAGAUCCAAAAUGUUAUGACUGCAGAAGAACAAGCAAUGCAUAGAGAAGCACGUAAAAAUAUGAAUUCUGAUGAAGCACAAUUUAGUGUUGAAUCAUCAUUAGAAGCACAGAUUUAUCUUUGGUCUGACAAAUAUAGACCCAGAAAGCCAAGAUAUUUCAAUCGAGUUCACACCGGUUUUGAAUGGAAUAAAUAUAAUCAAACCCAUUAUGAUAUGGAUAAUCCACCUCCGAAAAUCGUUCAAGGUUACAAAUUUAAUAUAUUUUAUCCAGAUUUAAUAGAUAAAAAUACAACUCCUGAAUAUUUUUUGAUAAAACGCGGUGUUUCCUUGUAUGAUGAACCAGAAAGACCAAAGACUGCGAAUCUCGAAAAACCAAGCAUCUUAGAUCCUGAUCUCGUUGAUAAACUGGAUAUGUCUCUUCUUAGCAAGGAAUCACUUAUUGACUCAAUAACGCAGCAUCGUCUUUUGAAAACAAGUGGAGAAAUCAAGAAUUCAUCGUUUCCUUCGUCAUCAAGGUACCGACAAAAUGUCAUUGGGACUGAACGACAACGAGAACAAUAUAGCCUAGUUUUGAAUGGUGAAGCGACGUGGUGCAAUCCCUUCUCCAUACGCCACAAACGACGUAGUUUCGAACACAUUCUCGAUUCGAAGCUUGGUCAUAUCGACAUGUCUAGGAUGCAAAAGCAGUCGUGUAUAGGCGGACAGAAUAUGGGUUUUACGAAGAAGAAUAAUACAAAACUGGAUGAUAAUAAUAAUAGAAACGGAACGAUUAACCAGAAGGUUGUUUCCUUGUCCACGUUGAAAAAGAAGAAUUCAAGACCUAUACAAUAUGAUCUGGAGGUGUUUACAGCUUCCUCGACAAAGAGUGCUCCAGAACCUUGUAAAAGCUGCGGAAAAUCGAAUCAAUCAGAACGGUUUCAUAGUCAUCCAAAGAGUACUCAGUCUAAAACGAAGGAUAACUUUACGAAUUCGAAGUCAAAAACCACAGUACCGAAAACUGUUCAAAAACCUGUUGCCCUAAAUUUUCGUAGUGAUAAAAAUAAGAACAAAGUGGAGGAAACAAUCAUUGAAAAUCUCAAAUCAAAUUAUUAUCAAGAACGACCUAAUACAUCGUACAGGCCUUCAUCAGCACCAAUUAAGAAAGGACCAAGGAGUGUUACUUGUUAUAUAUGUGGUCGCGAAUUUGGGACUGCCAGUUUUCCUAUUCACGAGCCUCGAUGCAUGCAGAAAUGGGAACGAGAAAAUAAUUCUUUGCCUGUGAACCAAAGACGACCGAUACCUCAAAGACCUGAUAUCACUAUCAAUCAUUCAGAUUGGAAUGUAGCAGCAUGGGAAGAAAGCCAGGCACAACUGAUUUCUUGCAAAUGUGGAAGAACAUUUUUACCAGAACGGUUAUUAGUGCAUCAGAAAAGUUGUAAAAUUUUUAUAAAGAAUUCUGAGACGGAAAAAACAGGAAGCUUGUUUAAAGAAAAGUCUGCAAGUAUAACACGAGUAGGACCUCCUAUGAUUACUUGCCAAUCUUGUGGCAAAAGUUUCGGCACUAAAAGUAUAAAGAUACACGAGCCUCAAUGCAUCAAACGAAUGCAAACUGAAACAGAUAAACAGUUUCAUUCUCGAAAAAAAGAGUCGAUUCGACAACAAAAAUCAGAAAUGAUGAUCGUGCACGAAAAUUUAAGCAGGCCAACGGGGGAAAAUGAACAGAAGAAAAUGGUCACAUGUUAUAUAUGUAAUAGAGAUUUUGGAUCCACUAGUAUAGCCAUUCAUGAGCCGCAAUGUUUAAAAAAAUGGUAUACUAAAAAUCAAAAAUUAUCACCAAAUCAGAAGAGGAAGGAAUUAGAGAAUCCUGAAAUUAUCUAUAUUCGUGAUUCAGAAACAGGAAAUAUGACAAUUGAUAUUGCUGCAAUGGUUGAAGACAGUUGGAAAUCUCAUUUAAGUCAAUUGCUUCCAUGUAAACGAUGCGGAAGAACUUUUAAUCCUGAUCGCGUAAGCAUCCAUGAACGAAGUUGCAAGGGGAGUCAUUAAAUAUAUGCAAUCCAAAAAAAUUAGAAGAUUUAUAACUACCACUUUGUUUCAAUAAUAAUUUUAUUUUCAUUAAAUAGAAUUGGAAUAUUUUAUUAACUGAUGAAAUCAUAGGUAAGUCAUCUUUUAAUUAUUUUGAACUAUAAAUAUAAUAAUGUGUCUUUGUUAACAAAAAUAACAGUGAUUUAAUACAUUGUAAAAAACAAUUAAAUUGUUUUAUUAUUUAUGUUUUCUUUUUA